GGUAUACUGGCUAGAUAUAUAGAGCUAGGGCAGGGCUUCCGUUACGUACAGUCUACUUAGAGUGCUCUCAGGUAUACACGCAUCUUGCUGUGGCACGCAUCGUGUUAAUCGGGGAUCGGUAGCCGCGUGGACGUAGCCGGAUAGAAGCUGUGAGAGAAGCGAAGGACAAGACAAACGUUGGUUUUCGGAUUGAGCCACGUGAUAGAUAUUUACUUCAGAAAAAAAUGGAACGAUUCACGCAGUAUUACGUAUGUUUGGCUAUAUUUUUAACGGCGGUUUCCGCAAGAUCUGCCGAAACUAAUCCUACGUCUAAUUCCAUCGAUGAGCAACAAACGGCAAGAUCCAACAGCAAUGGUAUAUUCGACGACUUACGUGCUGUCUAUCAAAUGUAUAAGGAAUGUUCCGGUCCGGAAUUGAGUCCCUGCUUGAAAUUCAAGCUUUUGACGGCUAUAGAUAGGGUUUCUCGAAGUGCACAGCUGAAUUUGGCCGAUGGUGUCACUCUGGUUCAAGAUGAAUCAGCUACUAACGAAUCCGAACCAAAAAAAUCUCUACAAGAAAUUGAAGCCAGUUUACAGUAUCGAGCGCUGGAAGACAAGGAAGACGAACUUAACGGUAUGAUCUUUGCCAAGAUUGCCAAAUUCUUUCAAAGUCAUACUUUGAAAUUGAAGUUACCAAAUGUAGAGGAAUUUCAACGUAGCUUCACGGAAGAAGGUAAGAAUAUAAUUGUUAACAAAAAAAAUAAAAUGGGUGGUCUUCUCGCCAUUCCCUUGUUAAUUGGUGGUACAUUAGUGCCCUUGGCCCUCGGCGCUCUCGCGCUGCUGGCUGGCAAAGCACUGAUCGUGAGUAAACUUGCGCUCGUACUCGCUUCUAUCAUCGGAUUGAAGAAACUUGUAUCCGGCGGCCACGAGCAUGGACAUGAAGUCGUUCAAGUUGGUGGAGGACACGGAUCGGGAGGAUGGGCGAGAUCGGGACACGAUAUGGCCUACUCUGCAUACAAACCAUCGUCAACCUAGGAAAAAAAUUUACGAUCAUUAUCAUAGCACUUCUUCAGUCACAUUCUUCUUUCCUCUCACUCCGUUCACUCCUCUCACAAAAAUCCUCCUCUUUUUGCGCAUAACAUUAUUUAUUUCCAUCCUACGAAUAAUUCUUCUCAAACUGUUCGCGAAACUCUCAUAUCUCUCUGAUCUCUCUUCUAACUGUCUUCUCUCCAGUUGUGUUCACUCUAGGUCAUCGCACAUACGAGACGCACUCGCGCACGAAUUAUCCUCGGUAUUUAUUAUUUCACGCGUAACUGCGAUAUACUCAUCGUUCCACACAGAACACAUUAUGUGUAUAUUUAUAAAUAUGCAAAUAAAUAAUUAAGAUUUUAGUUAUC